GCCAGCAGUCGGUGAAUGCGACUCACCAGUGCAAAACCAACACGCAAGCUGUGAGGACGCCUUGCUUGAGCGGGUAGAAUUCGUUCAAGUGAGUAUCGACAUCUCACGCAGAAGGUGACCGUGUUUGUAGAUGCAAAGUGAUGGCGUCCAUGAAAGCAUCCUUCUGUGCCCUUCUAGUCCUCCUGGCGGGAAGUUGUGCAUUCGGCUCGCCCUUGAAGGACUUCGUUGAGAGUGUGCGCAAGGAACCACUGACCACUUACCAGUGUUAUCGUAACGGCAGCAGCCUGGAAGACCCAUCGGCCAUCAAGCUGAGCGUCUUGUGGAACGGUAAAGGACUUUCCGACAACAAGAUUGAGUGCGUCGUCACUUACAGUUUGCCCGACAGCGAAGGAAAGAAGACAUUUCAUGUAUCAGCGGAGUACGUGCCUCAAAAGGAUUACAUCAUACUAGGCGCUGGUGAAAAGAGCGUGAACAUGUACAUCCUCCAGGAGCCGUACAACGGCAAAGCCUACAUCUUCAAGCAUGUUGAGACCUCGACCGGAGACGAAAGCUACAAGAUUUACGACUCCAGUGCGACUUGCGAGAGCGCUCAUGCCUUACGCAAAAUUGUCUGCCCUGAACCGUGCACCCUGCAAAGUACUGCGCAAUAAAUCUUUCCCUUCCACCGCCGCUGCCAUCGGAGCUCAGGCGGUCAGGGUCUUUAUGUCAGGA